AUGCCCGUACCAAAAGGACAGCUCCAACGGAUGGUUGCAAAAGAUCUCCUGCCACCAGAUGUGUCAGAGAUUCGUCUGUUGAGGGGCCACAAGCUGCCAGUCACCUGUCUGGUCAUCUCUCCCGAUGACCAACACGUAUUUUCCGCUUCCAAAGACUGCUCCAUCAUCAAAUGGGAUGUUGAGAGUGGUAAGAGACUUCAUACGAUAGCUGGUGGGAGGAAAGGAACAGAGGAUCGCCAUGUGGGACAUACGGCCCAUGUCCUAUGUAUGUCUAUAUCAUCGGAUGGCAAAUACCUGGCUACUAGAGACAUGAAUAAGUUGAUCAUGAUCUGGGAGGCAGCAACAUGUAAACACCUGUACAAGUUCACAGGACAUAGAGGCCCAGUAUCGGGCCUAUCCUUCAGGAGAGGCACCCAUGACUUGUACAGUGCUUCUCAUGACCGCUCCAUCAAGGUGUGGAACGUGGAUGAAAACGCCUAUGUGGAAACACUGUUUGGUCACCAGGAUGUGAUCACAGGGCUGGACAGUGGGAGUAGGGAGCGCUGUGUGACUGCAGGGGAGAGGGACCGCACUGUGAGGGUGUGGAAGAUCGCUGAGGAGUCCCAGCUAGUGUUCCAUGGCCAUGAGGGCUCCAUCGACUGUAUCCAGCUCAUUAACGAGGAACACAUGAUAACAGGCGCUGAUGAUGGGUAAAUGUGGAUUUAUACUCCACUAGCUGUCUCCCUGUGGAGUGUGAACAAGAAGAAGCCUCUUAGCAUGGUGAAGGCAGCCCACGGUCGGCAUGGUGACUCGGGACAGGAGCAGCCCUACUGGGUAGCGGCCGUGGCAGCUCUGCAGAAUUCUGACACCGUAGCCUCAGGUUCCCACAACUCUAAGGUGCAGCUGUGGAAAUGUGGUCAGGGGUUCCGUCGUCUGGAGCCUCUCUUCAGCGUCCCUGUGAAUGGUUUUGUCAACAGUCUAAAGUUCUCCAGUUCUGGGAAGUUCCUGGUGGCAGGAGUAGGACAGGAGCACAGGCUUGGUCGGUGGUGGAGACUGAAAGAAGCGAAGAACGGACUCUACAUUAUUCCUCUGAAACGACGACAAGAAGAGGUGAAUGGAGAAAAGAAUGGGGAGUAGCUGAUCUGUGUAUGCCUUAGAAUAUAAUAUGUAUGACAUUUGAUUUUGUAAAUUAAAUUCUUUCCAGAAAUA